GUCUUAUUGAACCCAACUCCACCCCUCCAGAUGCAGUCCACUAAGGCGCAUCGACAACUUCUGACAUCACGGGGAUGAUGGAUUCCACAACUUUUUUUUCUGAGGCCAUGACCACGCCAGCUAUGAUGGCCUCUGGUCCCCUCACCCCCCCGCACACAGAUUCCGUGCCCACCACCAUCAAAAUGGAAGACCUCCAGGUCCCAUACACAACACCAUCACCAUCACCAUCAUCGAUGUAUUCAUCGGAACCCUCCACACACACCCCCGCUCCCUCGACAACAGAAGGCAAGCCGGUCAAGAAGAGGAAAUCAUGGGGUCAAGUACUCCCGGAACCCAAGACCAGCCUACCACCUCGCAAGCGGGCCAAGACCGAGGAUGAGAAGGAGCAGCGGCGGAUUGAGCGCGUAAAGCGCAACCGUCUCGCUGCCCACAACUCCCGGGAGCGCAAGCGCCAGGAGACUGAGCACCUCCAACAACAGAAGGACGCCCUCGAGUGCGAGAUGUCUCAACUUCGCGCGAAGGCUGCCAGAGUUGACCAGCUGGAGGCCGAACUGAGCUACUGGCACCAAAAAUACCCUGGUGAGCAGGCCGAGACAACCGACCUGACCUUCAGUUUCACCGAGACAACCGAGACAAUGAACCCCUCGCAAACCCUGACGGCACCACCCUUCUCCCCCAUCUCAAUGGACUCGAUGGACUCUCCAAGAGACUCGUCCUGCCAGCCUGAGACGCCAGCCUCAUCAUUCGAGGCCGCCCCCGAAUUCGACUUGACACAAUAUCCUGCUGCGAUGUUGUGCGACCUGCAGUGUCAGUCGGAUUCGGGCAAGGCCUCCCCAAUGGCGGCGAUCCUUGCCUACCUUUCUCUCUUCAACCUGUACAUUCAGUCGAUUCAAAGCCGAUUGUCGUCGAAGACCUCUUCGACUUCGAUCAGUUCUCUGGAAACUCUCUUUCAGUGGAAUCCAAUGUUAGCCUGGCUCACAAUGAUGAUUUCUUUGGAUCAGCCUUCUUUGGCACAGGCUCAACUUCAGACUACUCAGGCCUUCCUGACAGUUUUGAUGCAAAGUUCUCUGACAUGCAGAGUGCCUCUGGCGCACCUUUCGGUUGCGACGAGGCUCUCGCAGCAGACAACUAGCUUCGAGAACGUCAUCAGGCCUGGUAAUGAGAAGAGCGAGACUGGGUCUCUCGAUGGCGUCCGAAGAUCACGAAUGAUGAGGUCUUGUAGGCUUAGACAAUUAGGUCGGCGUACCGGUGUACAAUCAUGGAAGACGGCAAGGGAACAGGUUGGGUGUGGUCCGACACGGCGUUACAAGGAGUUAUGAUCAUGUAUCAACAUCUUCGAGGCUUGGUACAUCUCCUGGAUCACGUUUUGGCAAGCUGCACACCAAGGGCUGGUGGUUAGAUAGUCAAACAAUCAAGUUCUCACACACUA